CAAAUACUUCAUCCUGCUCUGAGAACCAACACAAUGGCUGUAUUUCUGAUAGCGUUGUUUCUGGCUGCUGUGCUGCUUCCGUCUUUACCCACAGAAGCAAAGGAUCCAUCCUUUACUGCUUUGUUAACCACUCAAACUCAAAUCCAAGAGAUUGUAAAUAAACAUAAUGAAUUAAGGAAAUCCGUUUCUCCACCUGCCAGCAACAUGCUGAAGAUGGAAUGGAACAGAGAAACAGCAGCAAAUGCCCAAAAAUGGGCAAACAAGUGCACUUUAGAACACAGCAAUGCAGAAGGACCGAAAAAAACCAGUACAAAAUGUGGUGAGAAUCUCUAUAUGUCAAGUGACCCUGCUUCCUGGUCGAAUGCGAUCCAAAACUGGUAUGAGGAACGCAAUAAUUUUGUCUAUGGUGUAGGACCUAAGAGUUCCAGUUCAGUUGUUGGACAUUACACCCAGGUUGUCUGGUAUUCCUCUUUCCACGUUGGAUGUGGAAUUGCCUAUUGUCCCAAUCAAGAAAGUUUAAAAUACUACUAUGUUUGCCAAUAUUGUCCUGCCGGUAACAAUGUGAGUAAAAAGAAUACCCCUUACCAGCAAGGAACACCUUGUGCCAGUUGCCCUGGUAACUGUGAGGAUGGACUAUGCACCAAUAGUUGCGAGUAUGAAGAUCUCCUUAGUAACUGUGAUUCCCUGAAGACAACAGCCGGCUGUGGACAUGAAUUGCUUCAGGAAAAGUGCAAGGCUACUUGCCUGUGUGAAAACAAAUUUACUGAGACGCCCAGUAUGCAUUGCAAAACUAAACCUAAGCAACCCAGUGUGGACUGUGGGGAAGUAGAGUGCAGUGAGCACCUGACUUCACCACAGACCUCAGAGCUGGCCUACCUCAGCACCAGACAACUUCCUGCAGCCCUCAGAGGCUCCCUGCAGACUUGCAAAUCCAGCCCCCAGUUCACCCCAGUGCUACUGGCUCUAGAGGCCCCAGAAUUCACCCAGGGGCUUUUAGAAACCUCUCUUUUGUUCCCAGAAGGGGGCGCUAUAGCUCAAGUUGGUCGUUUGUCCUUUGUCCACCAACUAUGGCCUGUUUUCUCUUUGGGCUCACUUUACUGGGCUCCUUCUCCCAAGCUCACUCAGGAGCAGGCACAAGGACUCAGCAACGAAUGGGGACUAGAUAAUAGGUGUAGAACUCAGCGCAUUGAGGGUGCACGUGGAUCUGCUAGGGAGAUCUCCAGGGUGUCACUCCAAGACAUUCAUGGUUCUGCUGAACACAAUCCCUUUAACACCAUUUGA